CUGAUUUAAUCUGGUUACUCCCUACCUCUCCAUCUAACUAAAGAGAUACCUUUUUCAUGAAACCAUAUUAACAUAGAAAUCAUUGUACAUGGUGUGUUUUUGUUGGUUAUUAGUUGCUUGACAAGUCCUAAAGCUUCAGAAGGAUAAAAAAAGGUGUUUUAAAUGAUGACGUUUUUGUGCCCUUGAGGUCAAAAUGUACCCCUGUUGGCGCUUUUAGGGUUAAACAGACAGCUGGUCCCAGAACUGUGCCUAUAUAUACCCUUCAUCAGAUUUCUCCUCCCUGGCUUGACAAUCUCAGUCACUCAUCCCUCCAUCCUGCAACGCUCUCUUCUUUCUAGGACGUGAUAUCAACCACCGGCCAAGAUGUCAGAUAAAAAGAUGUCAUCGAGUCGUAGGCAACAUCUGAAGAGCUUGAUGCUCCAGAUUGCCCAGUGGGUCAUAGAGGCUGAGGCCAUCCAGGCAGAGGAGGAGAAAAACAGGUACAUGGAUGAGAAUGUCCCCUCCCUCUCCGUCCCAGGAUCCAUGCAGGAACUCCAGGAUCUGUGCAAGAAGCUCCACCAGCAGAUCGAUACAGUUGAUGAACAGAGAUAUGACACACAAAGCAAAGUAGCCAAGUCCGAUAAGGAGAUUGAGGAUCUGAAGAUAAAACUACAGGACCUGAAGGGAAAGUUCAAGAAGCCCGUCCUGAAGAGAGUGCGUAUGUCUGCUGAUGCUAUGCUCCAGGCUCUGCUGGGCUCCAAACACAAGGUGUCCAUGGAUCUGAGGUCCAACCUGAAGCAGGUCAAGAAGGAGGUCAAGGAAGAGGUGAAAGAUGCAGCUGACUGGCGUAAGAACAUUGAGGACAAGGCUGGCAUGGAUGGUAGAAAGAAGAUGUUUGAGUCCGACCCUUAAACUAGUCCCCCAAUAUGUGUAUUACUGUUCAUAAGUGUCAUCUGAUAACAUCCUCCAUUUUAAUCUAACCCCCCUACGACCGUGUUUGCUCAGGAUAGUAGUAAAGCGUGAAUACAGGUAUUAGUAGUAGCAGUAGUACUAGGUACGCACUAUCAUGCAUACCCCAAUGUAAUGUAUAUGAAGAGAAGUGAACAUUUUCUGUUUAUUUAAAUGUUAUUUAUCCAAGAAGCACCAUCGAGGUCAGGAGACCUCUUUCACAAGGGAGACCAGGCCAAAAGGGCGGCUCACGUAAAAACACAUACAUCAAACACACCACAGUGUAUACAGCACAGCACGACAUCAACAUCAACAACAAUACAUAUCUGUGUUGAUUUGUCAGUUGCACAGUGUCUGCUAAAGGAGCAGAAUGUAGAGGUUAGUGCUGCCACCUAUAGACCAUAAUGGAACCAGAGUGGACGUUGGUUUGAAUCUGACCCGUCGUCCUGUAUGAUACAUGUAGAGGUUAGUGCUGCCACCUAUAGACCAUAAUGGAACCAGAGUGGACGUUGGUUUGAAUCUGACCCGUCGUCCUGUAUGAUACAUGUAGAGGUUAGCGCUGCCACCUAUAGACCAUAAUGGAACCAGAAUGGACGUUGGUUUGAAUCUGACCCGUCGUCCUGUAUGAUUCAAUCUCUUCUUGUUAUUCCUAUUUACUCUAAUAAAAUAAAAUGCUUCAA